GCUCGAGAGUGUCUAUGGAGGAAGACACUGCGGCAGAUUACGCAGUACCAUAGUAGAAUAUUGUCGGCAAGAUUUUCAGUGUGCCAACUUGGCCAGCGACCACUUCAAGGCGUCGCCAAGGAUUUAGGUCACCCGACCUUCUCAAAGCUCACAUGCGCACCUGAACCCCGCAUGUCAAAGAUCUCCAACAAAACUAUCAGCUUCGCUCCCUUUUCGAACUUCAUUUCGCACAUUACCAAACUUUUCAACUCCAGUUCCGAACCUUUCUCUUUUUAGCUUCCUGAUUUCUCUGACCUCGAAAAUGGGGAGUCGUGCUGAAUCCGACAUCGACGCGAUGAGAACUACAAGGCCUUUAGAGGAAAUGGGCAUCGACCUAAAUGAUAAUACUGAGAGCUUCCUUUCCCGUUGCAUUGCUGCUCAGUCGUUUGCGGACUACCUCACCGAUUCCGAUACUGAUACCGAAAACUCUACUCUACCUCCUAGUAGACGUUGGGUAUGGUAUUGCAAACUUCCUGGUUGCCCAAAAUACUACUCAGCCUGGACUUGCAAAACAAAUUUCCUCCUUCACCUCUACGAGACACCGAUGCAUCGCGAGGACGACAAUACGAAGACGCGUGAAAGUCGGCGUACACUAGCAAGAAGCUGGAGGAAGGAAACUGCGUAUGAUCUCAGCGAGCCGAAAGAAACACCACCACAACAUAAUGACUCUCAAGUUGGGAACACAUGAAAUUGGCGCUUAGAAUUAUACCUUCUCAGGAGGCGGCAGACGAACUGUUAUGUGUUAUGUUACAAAUUCGCGCGGAGAGAAUUCAAGUUGCUUCCUGUUAUCUUCACUGUAUCAUGUGAAUACUUGGAGGCAUUCUUUGGCCGACUUUCCUGGGUCUGGCUGGUCUGUAUUCAGUUCACUUCAAUGUAGCGAGCUACCAUCCCUGCAGGUUGUCGUAUUUUUGUCUGCUAUAAUAUAGAAUGGAAUACAUUUUUGGGGA